UCCAAUCUAAAACCCAUAGCUUGAAAUACAAGAGAGAACAAGAAGUAUUUGUUUUCAGAGAAAGUGAUAGCAAAAAUGGUGACUACUGAGGUACCAAUUCUCUCUAGAAUUGAUCGUUUGGAUAACAUGUUGAGGCAAUUAGAGAAAAUUAGAGGGUACGACCGAUCUCCAAAGAGCUCGUGUGCAUCCACUCCAACAAGUGGAAGUGAUGGACGUGUUUCAUCCGUUGAUUUCUCCCCAAAGAGUUUGGAGAAGCACUGCCGUCCGAUCGAGAUUGUCAUAAUGGAAACCGAAGUCAAAGGAACGUUGAUUGAGAGGCUCAAUCAAGUUGAGGAUCGGAUGCUAAAGCUAGAGGAAGAUUGGAUGGCAGAAAGGAAGAAAGAAGAGGAGAAGAAAAUUGUUAAGAGGCCAAAAAAGGGUUUGAAACAACUUGUGAAGGAAUGUGUGAUCAAAUCAAGAAGAGAAAAUGAUAAGGAAUAAGAAGAAGCAUGAAUUAAUGAAUUAUGAGUAUGUGUAUGUGUAUGACCACUAUAAUUUGUAUAGUGUUUACUCUAGUGAACGAACAUUUUCAGAUACGGUUUAACGUUUUAUUAAUUUUUUUUUUUUGUCUUGGCAAUGCAAUGAAAUUC